UUUUUUAUGAUGAGUGGUUUUGAGGCUCUAAGGCAGUAUUUUAACCAAGCAUAAUGUACAGGGCCAAGGAACCUCGCCUAACACCUUGCAUGAUAUCUUCUGCAUUAUUGGGAGCUUUGCCCAGAUCAGGUGAAUCCAGAUAUUUGAUCCUUGUCAGCCUGUCUUGUGUGUCUGCAGGGAAUGUGCUUCUGGCACUCUGGACAGUGAAACAGAAUCAACUCAGUGACAUCAUUACCCUGGUGGCAAAAUGCAGUCUGGAGAUACAGGAGAAAUUUGGGAUCUACCAUACCAGAGAAGGCCAGGACCUGCAGCUAAAGAUAGGUCUAUCUGCAGGUCGGUUUUCCCAGGUUAUUGUUGGAGAUGAGCAGCGACAGUACCUCUUGGUGAUUGGGCGGAAUGUGGAUGAUGUCCAGGUAGCUCAGCGUUUGGCUCAGGCAAAUGAGAUUGUCUUGUCCUGGAACUGCUGGAAGCUUUGUGAGCAGUACAUGUUUGAAGUGGAAAUCAUGAGGGAGGAUGAAGCUGUGAAGUUAAGAGAUAUGCGGAUCAUUGACCCAUUUGAUUUUGAUGAGCAUUUUGACAAGUGCCUCGAUUACCUGCCACAUUACCGGACAAGUGCUGAUACUCUAAGAACUGCCCUGGAGUUGGAUCCAGACUCUACGCUUGAACAAACCCUGCGGAAGCACAUAAUGAAAAACCUCUUGAAGAAGAUUGAUGAAGGGCAGCCUAUGGAGUAUAUAUCCGAAUUCCGUACCGUGACUAUGGUUUUGGUCAGCCUAGAGUUCCACAAGACAGCAUGGAUGUCGCAUUUGUGUCAUCUUAUCCAGGAGGCUGCCCUGUACAUCUCCACAGUCAUAGAGCAAGGGGGUGGCCAGCUAAGCCGGAUCUUUAUGUUUGAGAAAGGCUGCAUGUUCCUCUGUGUUUUUGGCCUUCCCGGGGAUAAGAAGCCAGAUGAGUGUGCACAUGCCCUGGAGAGCUCCUUCAGCAUCUUCAGCUUCUGCUGGGAGAAUCUUGCUGAGACCAAAAUGUUUGGGAGGAGACAUUUGGCCAGAGAGAGAAAUAAAAAUCACCCUUUGUUAGACCGGGAAAAAGAAUUAGAAGCCUUCCAAAUGGCACAGCGGGAAUGUUUGCACCAGAAGAAGGGACAAGCAGUUUUGUAUGAAGGUGGAAAAGGCUAUGGAAAAAGUCAGCUGUUGGCUGAAAUAAACUUCCUAGCCCAAAAGGAAGGACACAGGGUGUUACCAUUGAAGCUGAAGGAAGCAGAUUUCAAGCAGUGCUUCUAUGCCAUCCAGACCCUCAUGGCCAUCUUCUUUGAGAUUGAUGCAUGUCCAGCCUAUUACCGGCAAGAGUGCCUACACAAACAGCUCCAUGGGAUGGUGGAGGAGCCUCUUCACUGCCUUUUUAAUGACCUCUUCUUUGUGAAGUUUCCCUUGUCCUUCAAAGUUUCGCACAUGGAUGACCUGACCAGACAAAAGAAGGUUAAGGCAUGUUUUUUUCAAGUGCUUCAGGAGGCAGUGAGGGAAACACCACUGAUUUUCCUCAUUGACGAAGCCCAAUAUAUGGAUGCAGCUUCCUGGGAAUUUUUGGAAACAUUACUCUCCACUGUGCCCAUCAUCAUGGUGAUGACAUUGACCUCUACCUUCACCCUGUGUGGCUGUGCCCAGCACUUCUUGCAGAGCUCUCAGGCUGUCCUUGUGCCCAUUUUGAAGUUGGCAACAACCUCACUGUUGCGAAUGGCAUGUUGGGAACUGGGGGUGGUGAGCAUCCCCCAAGAGCUGCAGAUCUACCUUCUCCACAGGUGCUUUGGAAACCCCCUCUACUGUGAGGUCUUAUGCCAGGACCUUCUCUCCAAAGAUGUAUUGCUCUUUCACGACCUCCAAAAGGAGGAGAAGAACAGCAAGUGGGAGACACUCUCAGCCAAUGCGAUGAAAUCUACAAUAUAUGGUAUUCUUCCUGCUGGCUCUGAAGAAGACCAGGAACUUUAUAUCUGCACAGUCAAGGAUGAUGUGAACUUGGAUACUGUGCUUCUCCCACCAUUAUUAAAAGAAAUAGCAGUAAACCAGUUGGAUCAAUUGAGCCUAGAGGAGCAGUUGCUGGUUAAGUGUGCUGCAGUCAUUGGUCACUCCUUCCACAUAGAUCUCCUGCAGCACCUCCUGCCUGGCUGGAAUAAAAACAAGCUACUUCAGGUGCUGAGGGCUCUUGUGGAUAUACAUGUGCUCUGCUGGCUCAGCAAGAGUCAAGAGCUUCCUGCCGAGUCAAUAUUAGUGCCUUCCUCUAUCAAGAUUAUUGAACAAACCAAAGAGCAGAAGAAGAAAAAGUCAGAUGCUGACUCUCCUCUCAGUCUGCAAGAGGAAUUAUCUCUACCUCAAACAGAGAUGCUAGAAUUUGGAGUGCCACUAUUACGGGAAGCUGCUUGGGAGCUGUGGCCCAAGGCACAGCAGAUAGCCCUGCACCUUGAAUGUGCCUGCUUUCUCCAAGAUUUGGCCUGCCGCUGUCAGAGCUGUCAUGGGGGGGACUUUGUCCCCUUCCACCGUUUUGCCAUCUGUUCUGCUAAGAGCUGCAGUGGGAUCUCCCGGUUCUGUAGUUACAAAGAUACUGGCUCAGUACUAACACAAGUGAUCACAGACAAAUUGCAGCUGCCUUCUCCCCAAGAUAGUUUUCAGUUCCAGACAAAACCAUUCAGAAGUCAGGAGGCCUUCACAAGUGAACACUGCAGAACAGAGGAAGAGUUCCUGGAUCAGGUGAACAGGAAGCUGGCUCAGACCAGCCCCGAGAAAGACAUGUUGACCACAAAGCCCUGUCACUGUGAGGAAAUCCUGCAGUUAGUGCUCUCACCCCUCACCCAGCACUGUCUGGUCAUCGGAGAAACCACAUGUGCAUUUUAUUACCUGCUGGAGGCUGCUGCAGCCUCCUUGGACCUGUCAGAUAAUUACAUGGCCUUCUUUUAUUUGAGGAAGGCAAGCAGUCUUCUGGGCCAGCCCUCAGCAUUCUCAUUUUUGAAAAAGCACAAAGUGAAGAUCUGUCAGUUUGAGGAAGCCAUUUUCUGCUGUCUUCGGUCAGAGGUCUGUUUCAACAUGGGACAGAUCACGUUGGCCAAAAAAUUGGCCAGGCAAGCCCUUCGACUGCUGAAAAGGAAUUUCCCUUGGACCUGGUUUGGUGUCUUUUUCCAAACAUUCCUGGAAAAAUAUUGGCGUUCCUGUUCCCUAAGCCAACCUCCAAACAACCCUAGUGAGAAUAAGAAGAAGCUGGCAGUCCUGCAGCAGCGGGUCCACUGCCUCUCCCUGCUCUGGCAGCUCUAUAACCUGGACACCACAGCCAGUAGCCGCAGGUUUGCCUGCCUCGCCACUCUCAUGCAGAAGAAUUCUGCUGAGGAGUUUGCAAAUGAAGCCCAGGUUUUCAAGCUCAUGAGAUAUGCAGACACCUCAAGAAACCAGCUCUGGAGAAUCUGGUUCUCUCAGUUCUCUUCAGAUCUGCUUUUCUGAAGAAGAAGUUUGCCCAGGACUCCCAGUGGAAUCUGUUUGAGCACCACUUCUCCAAGGCUCGCCAGUUGGUGAAAAGAACCAAUGCCUCACUAUUUGGUUCACAUGGCUUUGUCCGAUUCCUGGAGUGCCAUGUGCUAAUGUUACAAAAAAUGCCAGAGGGUGUCUUCAUGCAUACUCCCCCAGAGACCCGCAGCCAAACCCUCAAGUACUGUGAGGAGUUCUUCUCUCGAUGUGUAACCUGCCCCGUCUAUCACCAGUGGGUCUCUGAACUUAAAGCCUCUAUAAUGAGAUACGGAAAGAGAGAAUCCAUGUCCUCGACUAACAUUGUCAGACCUUUUGACACCUGCUUGACCAGGAUUUGGAUAGAGGGAGAAUUCUUGGAGGAAAACAAUUCCUUUGGAAGAAAUUUAGGAAUACAGAGAUUUGACAGAGUAGCUGAUGUCAAGGAGAAUAAGGAUGAAGAAGAAAUUAAAGACUGUAUAUGUUAAAGAAAAUCAUCUGAAGGGACCAUGGUUCUCUUGUUGUAUAUAACACAAAGAAAUGACCCAAGUUUUCCUUUCUAAGAUACUGUAUAGUGUACAUAUUUAAUAUACUAGCCUUUUACAGUCACCACUAUCUAUAGCUUUGUCAAAAUAAAAGCCUAUGUUUCUGAAGCAUGA